UCAAGUUUACUUGGCCAGCAGUCUGUACCCUCACCAUCCUUGUUCUUCGGGGAGCAACUCUUCGCUAGCAACCACUCCAGACAACAUCCCUCAGACUGACGUUUGGUCUCUUAAUACAAGAUGGGUGACCAAGAUACCUUCAAUAAUACGGAACACUCCACCACUCACAACCAAGCUGGCCACCAGGUCGUCAAUGGGGGUAUCUAUAAUAUCAACAAUUACUAUUCGAGGGACAGGUCUCAACUCGACGAGAAGCUGCUCGAAGCAGCCAAACGCGGCGACACGGCAAGAGUGCAACAACUAUUGGAUGACGGCGCAAAUGCCUCUGCGACCGAUGCACAUGGGCAGACCGUGCUUCAUGUAGCUGCUUCUGAAGGGCGAAGGGACCUUGUCAGCCUUUUACUGAACCGCGGGGCGAAGAGGGAUGCGAGGGACCACUCCAACCGUCAACCUGCGCAGCGCGCACUGCUAUCUGGCCAUAUUUCCCUGGCGAAUUUGCUUGGAUGAGUUCUUUUGUUACAUGGUUUAGAUUGGAUAAUACAUUAUGAAACACUUUGAAUCAGCCGAAACGCUCAAU